AGGGAGAGAGAGAAAGAGUGGGGAGGGUCGGCAGAAAGAAAAGCAAAGAAUGGCGUCAUCAAGAGGAGGACAGCAAGUGAUGAGAAUGGGGGACAUGGAGAAGAUGAGCUUGGAGCAGCUCAAAGCAGUGAAAGAACAAGCCGAUGUUGAUGUCAAUCUGUUACAAGACAGCCUUAACAACAUCCGCACCGCCACCGCUCGCCUCGAGAUUGCCUCGACCUCUCUCCACGACCUUUCCCUCCGCCCCCAAGGGAAGAAAAUGUUGGUUCCUCUCACUGCUUCGCUCUAUGUUCCGGGGACCCUCGACGAUGCCGACAAAGUUCUCGUUGAUAUUGGCACCGGAUACUUCGUUGAGAAAACGAUGGCUGAAGGAAAAGAUUAUUGCGAGCGUAAGAUCAACUUACUGAAGUCCAAUUUCGAUCAACUUGUUGAGGUUGCAUCUAAGAAGAAAACUCUAGCAGAUGAAGCUGGUGUAAUUUUACAAGCAAAAUUGAAGCAAUUAUCUCCUUCAAAUUAGGAAUUCUGUGAUCCUCAGUAUCUUAUUUUUAUUAGUUCUAAAGAUUGCUGGGAAAGGACUGCUUAGUACUGCAUUGCUGGUGAUGUCAACUUUAUCUUCUUGCUGGGCUUGUUUUAGGUGGCAGGUAGGGAUGAUGAUUUUUCCACCAUUUUAGCUUGACAAGAAUUUCCAUUCAGAAUUUACAGAGAUUAAUGUUGUUAUUUAGAGGUGCAUACUUUUCUAUUUCUAACAAUUUGUAUUUAUAAUUAAUUUCUGAAUGUUUUGUUCUGUUAAAUUGGAGAAGUCAUGUUGUUGUAGUCA